CAAACUGUCCGUUUUGAUGUAUUUUAUUCGGCCCGCCGAGCCGCGCGGAAAUGCGUCCUGGAUCUCAUCUGGUCCGAUCGCAAAAAACAGCAGAUUUCUGCUGAUGCAGUGAUGUCUGGAAAUGUCAAACGCUCGCUUAGUGCCCCUUAACGUGUCUCCCCUUCUGAAUUGCUGUGCAAGAUUUUUCUCCUGCGGUACACCGAAAGCUGUUCACACCACGUGCCGUCGCGCAGCCACCGACGCUGCAGCUUUGCGUUUCUCUCUUUUCUCUCCUUUUUACCUCCGGCUUUCCUCUCCAGGUUCCCUUGAUUUUCAUCUUGUUAGAUCUCAUCUUGCUUCACCCGUCUACAGGAAUCUGAGGGCACUUUGUUGAGGAGACAGUUAGGUUGGCAAUGAGUAGAGUAAGUUUUUUUAUUUUUAUAAAAGUAUAGGUGCAAUGUGAAGUUAACCACAUGAGACCCACGGCUGCGCUGCUGUUGGAUGCUUUUACUCGAGGAAAGGACGCAUUCAAGACGAUUCAAGAUCAGCCCAAGAGGCAGCAGUAACAACAGCAGCAGAUGCUUUGGAGAGCAGCAAUGGUCAAGUCAGUGAGAAACGCAGUGGAGCCGCACUGAGGCAAAGCAGCCAACCGCCCCCCUCCCGUAUCUGAGGGACGUCUCUGACAAAUUAAGGGGUGUGGGAAGCUGAGGAGUGGAAAAUUUGUCCUGAACCUGAAUGCCUGCUCAGUCAGACUAACUGGGAAACCCGACUCAUCUCAUCCUGCUCUUUUCCCUUCCGCCUCUCCCUCCUCCCAAAAAUGACCGUGGUGGCAGGAGAUAACAUGGACGAGACCUCGGCUGUCCCCGGCCACCCUCAGGACGCCUACCCCCCAGACCCCAAUGACCACGAAUGCUGCGAGAGGGUGGUCAUCAACAUUGCUGGCCUCCGGUUUGAGACACAGCUGAAAACUCUCUCCCAGUUCCCAGAGACGUUGCUGGGCAACCCCAAAAAGCGGAUGCGGUACUUUGACCCUCUGAGAAACGAGUACUUCUUUGACAGAAACCGGCCCAGCUUCGAUGCCAUCCUCUAUUACUACCAGUCUGGGGGCCGGCUAAGAAGACCAGUGAAUGUCCCCUUGGAUAUGUUCUCAGAAGAAAUCAAAUUUUACGAGCUGGGGGUGGAUGCGAUGGAGAAGUUUCGGGAGGACGAGGGUUUCAUCAGGGAGGAAGAGCGCCCUUUGCCUGAGAAGGAGUUCCAGCGCCAGAUUUGGCUCCUCUUUGAGCACCCGGAGAGCUCAGGCACAGCGAGAGGGAUCGCCAUUGUGUCUGUGAUGGUGAUCCUCAUUUCAAUAGUCAUAUUUUGUUUAGAGACUUUACCACAGCUGAAAGAGGACCCACGGGGUCGAAUGAUAACAGUUGGGAACACUACUGUUUAUUAUAAACCAAAUAUCCUAACUGACCCCUUCUUCGUCGUUGAGACACUCUGUAUAAUCUGGUUCUCCUUUGAGUUGAUUGUACGCUUUCUGGCGUGCCCGAGCAAACCGGCCUUCUUCAAGAACAUGAUGAACAUGAUCGACAUAGUGGCCAUCAUCCCAUACUUCAUCACGCUCGGCACCGAGCUAGCCGAAGACCCAGAAAAGAAGGUGGGGGAGCAGGCAACAUCUCUGGCCAUACUCAGGGUGAUCCGUCUGGUCAGGGUGUUCAGGAUCUUCAAGCUGUCGCGACACUCCAAAGGGCUGCAGAUUUUGGGACAGACCCUCAAGGCCAGCAUGCGAGAGCUGGGUCUGCUGAUCUUCUUUCUGUUCAUUGGGGUCAUCUUGUUCUCCAGCGCUGUCUACUUUGCUGAGGCAGAGGAGCAAGGAUCCUACUUUGGCAGCAUCCCAGAUGCAUUUUGGUGGGCUGUUGUGUCCAUGACAACUGUGGGCUAUGGGGACAUGGUCCCGGUCACUAUAGGAGGCAAGAUUGUAGGAUCUCUGUGCGCCAUCGCCGGAGUGUUGACGAUUGCGCUCCCGGUGCCCGUCAUUGUGUCCAACUUCAACUACUUCUACCACAGGGAGACCGAAGGAGAAGAGCAGGCCCAGCUGCUCAAUGUCAGCAAUCCCAACAUCCCCUCUGAAACCAACUCCAGCCGCCGCAGUUCAUCCACCGUCAGCAAGUCAGAGUACAUGGAGAUUGAUGGAGACAUAAACAAUAGCAUCGACAACUUUAGGGAGGCGAACCUCAGAACUAGCAAUUGCACUAUAGCCAACCAAAACUGUGUAAAUAAAAGCAAGCUGCUUACAGAUGUUUAGACACUAGUUAGGAACUUUGGGAUCUCUAUGGGACUGUCAUAUGUGGAGUAGACCAUCAGUUAGGAAUGCUUCAUUUACCUCCCCAAAGGGCCCGAUGGCAUUAGGCCUACAACUAUGCUCCGCUACAUGGAAAGAAAUCAGAAAAAUUCAAACAAAGCUCUCAGAGUAUGUGACAAGUAGAUAGAAUAAUUAAUUCUUCGGAUCCUACAAACAUAUAAUUACAUCAAAAAAAAAGAAUCAACUAUUCCGCUUACACACAGCUCCCCGGAGGACGCAUAGCAAACACUGUCUCAUCAGACGAUGGAGUGAUGAUUCAAAUCUUAAUCUGCAGAGACAUGCAAGCACCUGCAGCCCAGUGGUAAGAAGUUAGGUGACCCCCACCCUGCCCCCCCCCCCCCCCCCCCCAACACCCCUCUGCUCCCUCCUCUCUCCCUACUAAGGAUAUCUACUAUUCAGCAAAGCACCUUAUAGGAGGAAGUCUGAUCUCUCUGGUUUGGAUGUAAACACACGCUGAUCUACUCGCUUCACGGACAUCCGCGAUGCUGCUGUUUCCCAGCAGAUGCUGUAAUUGUGAAAUCACCAAGUGAUUCAAUGCCAUGCCCUUUAGACGCAACACAGCACAAUGUUAAAGUGAGCUUCACAUGAGCAUGAUUAGAGACUUUCCAUUUUAAUAUUGGCAUGCACGAGACAUAUCUCACAUAAUGGAAAGGAUGUUAUUUUGAAUACCUGCCUCCACCCCUUCCUCCCCUCUCAUCUGUUUUCAUUCAAGUGCACUGGGUGAGUUUUUAAUUUGAAAUGCUAAAUAUUUAAAAGUAUAGAAAUUGAAUGUUAAAUCUUAAGGGAACAGUACAUAAUUGAGAUCAUAGCAUGAGAAAAGUAACCUGUUUCUCAACGUGAGGAACAUGUAUUGUACUCUGCAUGUUUACCAAUUCAAUUUAAAAUGGAAUAUCCAAAAGUUUUAAAGAGAUUUAAUUUAUGUCUUAGCUUUUUGUUUGUGCACCAUGCAUCCUUUCAGGGUCUCUACCUCAGUGAGGUCAUUGCAAACUUGCUGCAGAGCUACAAGCUUCAAUGCAGGGCUUCCUAUAACCAUAAUGCAAAAUGGAACCUUAAGUGUAAACUGCAGACACGCAACAUUGAAUGUGAGAGUCCCAAAGCAUAGCCUUGACACAAGCACUUAGGACAAAUAGUGUACCAGAAUCCUGCUCCUUCAGUUCACUUAAAGCUACGCACAAUCAGAACAUUCAUAUGUAGAGGCUUUGUAGAGAUGCUUGACUCUCCUAUUGAGAUGGGAUUGGCUGUUUUAUAUUUGGUUUAUUUGAAAACUAUGGUAUUUAAAGGUACUGUUGUGUCUCCUAAAUGUGUUCCAACAGACACGAGAAUAAGACAGUGGAAGAGUUUGUUGUUUUUUAAUCUGUCACCCUGCAAUCCUCGGGCAUUAUGAUGCACGGCAAAAGUGCAGCCCGGCUUUUUGCACAAUCAUUUGUUUUUUGAUGCUUGAACUAUUUGUUUUUUACUCUGCUUAUUCAUAUAUAGUGCAUUGCUUCUCAGCAUAUUGCUUCAGACUAACUGCAAAUAGGUUUCUAAAACUUGUAAUGACUACUUGAAAAUCUCCAGCUGCUGUACAUUAAUCUAUGCUCACUAUUGAGAUGAAUGCACCCAAAUGAUUGACAAAUUGACAAAUUCCUGUAAAAAGAUGCGAAAAAGUGCCACCACAGUGCUUCUUGAAUGUCAUAUAGUUGUUUCUACAUCUGUGAGAUGGCAAUUGUUUGUGGUGCUUGUACAGGACUAGGAGUGUUGUCUUGGUACCACCACAUGUUAUCUUGGACUUUUUUUGUUAUUGUUGGCUGGUUGGUUGGUUUUGCGUAAUGCCAUUUUAUUUGGUUGAUCUUUGUACUGUACUGCUGAAGAGUGUCUGCCUCAGGCAAGCGAAACAUUCAACAGCCUUGCUAGAUGUCAGACACUUUUGAUUAUAGCAAAAAAAGAUACACAUUUAUGUCAGGAAGUUUCAAUUUCUAUAGGUUUUCUCAUACAGAAGGACACAAAUAACACCCAAUACCAUAUAUGAUAUUACUUUUAUAGAUACAAGGGAAUUAUAGUAGUCUUAUUAAUGCAGCUGGAAAUGCUCCACGAAAGUUUCUUGUACAAGUGAUGCUUGUCCUGCGGAGAACAGCUGAGGUGAAGAAAAUACAAAUUGCAUUUCACACAUGCCCUCACAUGAGCAGUGCUGUGAGGGCAUGUGUGAAAGGUGCUAUGCAUUCAAUUAGCCAACAGAAACAUGCAUUCUCAACAACAAUAGAAUAACAGACACUGAACCGAGCUGUUUCUUAGAUGCUUUUUGUAAAAAAAAAAAAACACACACACACACACACACACACAGAGAAAAUUUUCAAUGUGGGAGAAACUGCGAUCUUGACUUGAUGGAUAACUUACAACAGGGCUGUUUAUGUACCAACCGAUUUCCCUCCGUCCUGUGGUUUUGUAAAGUCAGUGGAGUCAAACAGUUUAUUGGAAGAAAACCUUGAAAUUUCCAAAUAUAGGCAUCGUAAUAGUGGCAGUCCCCAUUAACCACCCAGGUCAGACUGGAGUUGUUUUGCAGUCAUGAGCCUGCAGAAGGGUUCAGACGAACACAGUCCCAAAGGAACAACCCAUAAUGCACUAAGAGAAGAUCUAUCGUCAGUUCACUGUGCUCAACAGAUGCGUGAGAGAAAGUAUGAGAAGGGAUCUAAAUUGUUUUGAAUAUUACUUACUGUUAGAUGUUAAUGCUUCUGCAAACAAACAUGAGUGAGAAGAAAAACGAUUACGACAUUAACGUUACUAAACAAUAAGAAAACAAACAAAAUGCAAUUUAGCUACAAUAACAGGUAAAAUAACCACUGUAUACAGCAAUUAUGUAUGAAAAACUAUUUUAAUGUGUUUUAAUUUUCGCCAUUUUUCGGGUGACACUAACGUGACUGAUUUAGGCAGAACAUGCCAUAUACGGGAAUAUCAAAGAUAAUAUGUUCCUUUGGCAAGCCAUCAUAUGAAACUACAGAUUCAAUUGCUAUACACAAAAUUAUAUGGACAAGAAGUGUACUAUUUUAGAAACAAACUAGUUUUUUUUGGUUUUAAGAAAAAAGGAUUCAUUGAAACACCAUGUUUGCAUUUUUUUUCAAUCUCCCCUGCUGAACGUGCUGCAAAAUGUAUCUACAGAAACCUACUAAUCAAAAAAAACUGCAUGGUCGAUGGAAGACUGCAUGAGUUUUGCCUUUCAAACUGUGGAUCAACUAUAAUACGGUUGCCUCAUUUAAAAAAAGAAACCCUUGCUGUCAUCUGCACCAAGGCUUCCUGCAAGGCCCUGUUUAGAAGUUGGGAAGAAGCGCCUGCUGGAUUUCUUAAAAGCACCUUAGCGCUGACCUCUUCACCAGAGACGGCGUUGGGUAUCUGAGCCGUGCUCAGCUCCGGCGUGCGAUUUCUGGAGUUGCGUUCCCCAGGCUCUGAAUGUGAGCGAGGACAUUAAGGGCUAGUUUCUCAAACUCUAUCUCUAUUUUUCGAGUGACAUUUUGCCCCAUUCCUAGACUGUAGUGAUACGGUGUAAAACAUGCCCAUCAUAUCUACACAGGGCCAUACACACUCCUCUGUGCUAAAUUGGUUUCAAGGCAUUCUUGUUUGCUAAGAUGAGAAGAUUGUGUCUGUGUUAGAAGUGCGACGGCUAUGGGUUUGUCUUUCCGGUCGAGAAUGUAUUUAAUCGCUUGUGGAGUAAGUUUUGGAGCAAAGCGCAAAAAGGACUGCUGAACUCUUUCUCUCCGCUCUUCUUUUCAUCCUCAAGCAAACCAAACUCUGAUUGUGUUAUCGAAUCCAGCCAUCAUUGUCAUGUUGUGUUUACCAAGGAUUAUGCUACAAUGUGCUCAGUCAGUCAGAUGAUGACAAAGGCAUGGACUGUGAUCUAUGCAAGGGUUAUUUUGUUUGUUUUAUCUUAUGUUACUUAUGAUUUCAACUUACAUUAACUUCAAUAAAUUUUCAAGGAUC